CGACGCGUAAGAGACUGGGUCAACCGGUGAGCACCUGAGCGUACAGCUACCGUAGCCACGAAAGUGGAACGGCUGACACUUCGUGGCCAUGUUUCGACUGUUCUGAUGCGUGAACAUCCGCAGUGACUGUCGGCGUUGCGUUUUACAUCGCACUUGGAGACUUUACUGCAGACUUACUAUCGUCAGCGUCCAUUGUCGUCCUCACGUAUUACGACACGAUGAACGACGCUCGUGUCUUCGUAAUCUGCCUCUCUAUCGCCGUGGUUUUCUGUCAGAAUGACGAUAGAUCGACUCGGACACAAAAUACUGCCGAUCCAGGCCUAGCCAUAGCCCCGCACCCAUCUGCUGAGGAGACAGACCCGAGCACUGGCCUCUCCUAUCUCGAUCAACCUCCCCAAGUGGACGGCGGUGGACGGGGACCCGUGUACGGGAUUGUGCCACCUAGUGGCGGAAAGGUCCCCUUAGGGGCGGAUGUAGCCGCGCCACCUGCCGUGCCCUAUCCUGGCCAGCGCGCCGGUGCGCCAAAGAAAUCACAAGGUAUGAAUAAUGCGAACCGCGGCGGCACACCAUCGGGGAAUCUAGAAUCGGCCGCACUACUACCGCAGGAGGAGCUACGCAAUGCGGAAAUCCGCCCGAUGGAGGCGGUGGAGGGACAAGCAGGACCGGGAACAUUCCAGAAUGGACAUGUUCCGGAUGGUUAUCGGGCCGGUCAGGAUGAAGGACGGAGGCCCUCAGCUCCGUGGCCCAUGCCGGGGAGGAGUGCCGACCCUUCGGGUUCAGCUCGCUACGAGGCCGGGUACAGUGAGCACCAGGAAAGUGACUUCUAUGAAACACGCGCCAUCGGAAAGAAGCCAGACCCAGCAGCGGAGAUGAAGGAAGAACAGCGAGAGAACAACGCCAUAACAGACGUAUCCGUCGCUUGUAAUGCGAUGGGGGACGAUGGCGAACUACUCAUGGUGGUGCUGGUCAAGUUCGACAGGGAAUUCGGCGGUGUGAUGUACACGCACGACUUCUUCGGAAUUGAAACAUGCUCAGCCAUUGCAAAAUCUCACAUCAACGUGCCCGUUGAUGGCUGUGGAACUACAAAGGUUGUGAACGGCAAGUCGACGAUCUACAGCAACAAGCUCGUUGUCAUGCACGAUGCCGAGUCCGGGAUGCUGGGCCGAGGAGACAAGAUCAUUGACAUCAGCUGCACCACGGGAGAGGCAGAACCUGCGAACGAUGCGGCUGACGUCCCGCAGGUGACGAUGAAGCUCGUGCAAGGACGGGACCCGAUGGCACCUGCUGCCAACAAGCUGAUUGUCGGAGAUCCAUCCACUAUCGUGAUAACGCUGGAAAAUAAAGGAAAAUGGGACAUUAGCGCUGGGAGGUGCGAAGUGUAUGACGGGAUAGAAGUGCGGAGGGAAGUCAUCAUAGAUGACGAAAAGUGUGUAUUAAGCACACGCGUUGCGAAGGGACCAGUAAAGAUACGCGACAAGGGUAACACGGUGAUUUACAUGGAGCUGGAAACGUUCAAAUAUCCCGAUCUGCCAGUUGUUUACUUCUUCUGCGCCGUAGAUUUGUGCUCGGGCCGGUGUUCAGAGCACUGUCUCCAUGAUAAAGAGGACCCGGCAACCUUCUCCGAUCCAACGACAGUCAUAACGCUGUAUGAAACAGUCGCCGCUGCCUUGACCGGAGAGCCGGCGAAGUGUGACACACGUUCAGGGUCCAACCAUCAGCAGCAGCAGCAGCUUACCGGGUCCGAGGUGGCAGCGACGGCGGUGGGCUCGAGCCAGGCGCAUUACACCGCAACUAUCGCCAUCGUCUCGUCGCUGCUCGUCGUGGCGCUAGUGUCGUGUGCCGUGCUGAUGGUUAAGCUGCGGCGAGGACGAAGAAAGACUGAUGACGAGAUCGUGAUGUUCUCACAGCAACAUGAACCGUACGGCACGGCGGGACCGAUCGAGGCAGUGCCGCCCAUCGCAUAACACAACACGCCUUUCCCGUCUUUCGUUGCCGCUCUACGGUCAAUGCGCCGUUUACGGGGGGAGGGUUGCAGAGAUAGCCAAUAUGUAGCCACGUGAGCCAGGGUGAAAAGUUGCUGUAACGUAUCUGAUCCGUCUGGCAAACCUCGGACGAGUUCGCUGCUUUCUACAUACGAUAUCGUAACUCUACGGAGGCAGGGCUCUGUGGCUGCAGCGUGAUGAUGUUGCAUCUAGUUAUAUUUGCCUGCAUUCUCUCGGCUGUAUCAUGUAGAUUGAUAUGGGAGAUACGUCUUACAGUUUUGAUCCGCCCGAAUUAGACCGCAUUGCGAAUAGGGAUCAUAACUCUAAUAUCGUGCGUUUGUCUUUAGCGGCGAAUCUGUUGACAGAAUCACUAUUAGAUAACCAUCAACGCUAUUAUAUAAAAUUUUAUCGGUAUUUUCCCCACGAGUAAUAAUUUCUUAUAACGUUAUUUGGUUCAGAGAUGACCAAUGUAAGUUUUCCGGCUAUGGUAGCCUGCGCUAUAUCGACAAGGUGAAAAGUAUGAGCGGAAUCGGUCGGGUAGCAUAAAGUAAGCUAUAUAGAAAGAGUAAAGAUGAAAUAUGAUGCAUGAUUCUCUACGAUAAUGAGGCAGGCAGCGGGCGUGUAUUAUGGGUUUGGUAGUUCAGCAAGUGUCCACCAGAGUGCACGCGCGCUACAGCGCUUGCGGCCAUAUAUAAUUUAAGAGAGACGAAUGGUUAAAAAGAUCACCGUGAGUACGCCCGUGCAGCGGCCGCUAAAAAAUUAGUCAGUGAGUGUCUCUUGUUAAAAGGAGGGGUUUAAAACUACAGAUUACAUUACUUAUAAUGAACCAGACAGCACAAUUUUAAUAUCAUCUUUAAAAAAUCUCUUAUCUAUACAAGUUAUUAUCAAGCUGAUCACUCAAAAAUUGUCACGCCCCCACAGUUGUCUUGUUAGGGCCCACAUUUUGAUUUUAACCACCUUAAGACCUCACAACAUUACCAUCGUUUAUGGUCAACCUGAAGGUGCUGAGUUGUUGCUUGAUUUAAAGGGUAUGAUUAUCGUUAUUUAACCAAACAAUUUAUAUACCAUUUUCAGUUAAUAGUUUAUUGCGAACAUGCGAGAAAGAACUGCAAUAAUAAAUUGUAUAGCUAUUGCCCUUUCCUUCUUCGUUGGGCUAUUAAGUUUACUGGAUAUAAAAUUCGAAGUUUCUUGACGUGUUCUAAACAAUCUCAUCUACUUAGCUGUUAUAUACUACUUAAAAUUCGUAUUAUUUAUUUCUAUGGCUAUAUAUGCUGUAUUAAGAUAUUUCUACAAUGAACACGUCACACGUUAAGUAUCAAUCUGAUCGCGUAGAAUAUUAAUUCGUACUAACUAUAGCCUGGCCAUAGCGAGUGGGGUAAAUCUAUUACUACGUCGGAGACGUUGAAAUGUUUUAAUAUUUUGACAUGUGGUCUUAUCAUCAUCGUCAUCAUUAUUGCUGUUCUCAUCGCCACCUUGUAUUCAUAAUUGUCGAAUAAACAUUCAUAGGUCAUUCAUCGGUGAAGGUUCGUGCGCAUAGUAUGAAUGACUGUCUCGAUAAUUCAGCAAUUAUUUCCGCCUUAUUUUCCUUAAAGUUUGUAUCGGUUCUUACCAGAAGUUAUAUAAACGUCGUGUCAGUAUGAAGGUUGUUCUCGUGUUUAACUAUAAUCAAAGCAUUAAACACGUGUUCAGAAUAUCAUCCG